CAUGGCGUUCAACGUUAUGACUUCCGCUUUAGAGUCUGAAGUGUACUGGUCCUUAAAAAAUGAAGUUUUGAUAGAACUGAGGGAACUGCUUGUUGACAAAUUGCAAUAUGAGAAAACUUUGGACUAUCUGAGGUCUAAGCGAGUAUUUGAUCGAGCGGACUGCGAUGAAAUUGAAGCAGAGAGAACUCCAACCAAGAAACGAGCAAAAUUCUUGGACAUUCUGGGCGAUAAAGGUCCCACUGCUUUUGACCAGUUGUGUUUUGCUAUUCAGAAGAAGUGCAAGGGACAAGAAUAUUUAUUAGACAUUAUCCUCACCACUUUUGAUAGGAAGAAACAAGAGCGAAGUUUUAAAGAGCUACCUCCCACAGAACCACCUGAUUUAGAUGGAGGCUUAUCUCCCCCAUGUGAUGAUCCAAAGCUUGUUGUUAUGGUAACAGGUUUAGCUCCAGAUACAUGUGAAGUAGAUUUAAACAAUUUACCAGGACCUGGAGAUCCUGGGGCUCCAAUUCCGCCUGAUGAGAUAGAACCUACACAUGGUCAACAACCAGGUCAAUCCAUCAACCAAACUCCACUUACCCCUCCACCAUCUUAUGAUGUGUCAGAGUUACCACCACCAUACUCUCCACAGGAAUUAGAAACUGAGUAAGAGAUGGAGAGACAGGGAAAGGGAUGGGCUCUGGAUAGUCACUGGUAUCAUCCCAAUUGGUUACAUAUUAAAUUUCUUGUUUGUUUUUAUUAUUUAUGUACAUUCUGCUUAUAAAAGGUUCUAUUGCUGAUUUUAAUCAUUUACUACCAUUUGGUUUGAAAUAACAAGGCUAAAAUUCAAAGUGCUUGAUAUUAUUCCUUAAACAUUUAACCUCCAUGAGUUAUGAAGACAGAAUUCCUCCUUACAAUUUAUUAUAAUGUCAAGGAGACAGAUGCUGAGAAUAAAGAGAAAAAGCACUGAUAUACUAGUUGAUCCAGUACCAAAUUCUCUGAACUAACAUCAUUAGAAUUGUAUGCCAGACAGUAAGGAGUCUUGGGAGUGAAUGGCACAAUGAACCAAAUUUAUCCUUGAAUGUAUAUGCUGACAUCACUUUGAUACAAUUAUUAAUUCUUACAUAACAGCCUUAAUUGAUUUGAAAAGAAUAGAAAUAAGUACACCCGUAAUUUAAAUUAGGAUUUGAUGAUUUUUAACAGGUAAGAAAAGUUUAGCCAGGGAACAAAGGUUAAUUUUAUGGUUAAUUUUAUGUUACAAAUGCACCAUAAAUAUAUAUUAGACUAGAUUUACAUUUUAGUAGGUUACUUUAGACACAUAUCUCAUUUAAAUAUGUAAAUUUAUGCAGGAUGCCAAUUGUGAAAGCAAUCUGAGUGCAAGCUCUGGCUGAGUUUAGCUGUUCUGUAGCUGAGGCAAGACCCAGUUAAUGUCUCUUUGUUUCUUUAAUCAUCAAAAUUAUAUAUCUCAGUAUCAUGAAACAAAAAAAAUGCUGAGAAGGAAUUUGUCACAGAUAGGGCUGGAGAGGGCUGUCAGAAGUGAGACCCUCAUAAACUACAUCGUUUCACAGAGUUGGACAUGUUUUUAAAACAGUAAUAUGAAUUGCUGAUUGGCUAAAACAAGGUGUUUUCCAGGCAAGGGAAACUGUUGUCAAUUACCUAUAUAAUUUCCUGUGACAAAUUUGGAAAACAAUCCAGUGAUCUGAAAGAACUUAUAAUAUAAAAGCACAGAAACAUUUUUUUUCAGUUUUUAUUAGGAACUAUCUUUAGAAUUGGUCAGUUUUUACUUCUGAUAUAGCUCUUGAUAAUAAGUUAGUUUACCGUCACUCAUGCUAACGAUGAAUACUAAAUUAUAGAUCCUAUGGUGACUCCUGCAGUCCCUCUCGUGUGUGGCUCACUCAGCUACAAUGUGCAGUUUACUUUCGUUAAUACUUGUUUUUUGUGUUCAUCUCAGCAAUGUUUAUCUUAAAAACAGUCGCACAGUCUGUACGUCCAGUAGCUUGACUGGAAAAUACUAACUACUUUUUAAAAGUAAAAGUAAGUCAAAGUUUCUAAAACAUUAACUUUGAAAAUGUUUACAUAUUUUUUGACUGUACAUAUGCUUGUAUCAUUCACUGUCAUUUAUUAGUAUUAAAAGCAAGUUGUUCAACAAAAGA